AUGUACGACUCGUUCGACACGACGUACCAAGCCACGAUUGGCAUUGACUUCCUUUCCAAAACUAUGUACCUCGAGGACCGCACCGUGCGGUUGCAACUAUGGGAUACGGCGGGCCAAGAACGAUUCCGAUCACUGAUCCCUUCCUACAUCCGGGAUUCGUCUGUGGCGGUGGUGGUCUACGAUAUUUCGUCAAGGAAGACGUUUGAGCAGACGCGGAAAUGGAUCGACGAUGUCCGGGGCGAGCGCGGCAACGACGUGAUUGUCGUGUUGGUCGGAAACAAGACCGAUUUGGGCGACAGCAAACGAGAGGUCACGACCCAGCAGGGCGAAGAGGAGGCCAAGCGGGCCGGUGCUAUCUUUAUGGAAACCAGUGCAAAGCUCGGCCACAAUGUGAAGGCCUUGUUCCGGAGGAUCGCGCAGGCGCUCCCUGGCAUGGAAUCCGAGGGCGAGUCGCAGCCAAACCCGCAAAUGAUUGAUGUUUCGAUCAACAACCAAAAACCGGCGGAAGAGGGUUGCGCGUGCUGA